AAAUUUAAAUUUCAACUCUAGUUGCUAUUUUUCUAAUGGCCACGGCGAGUAAACAAUCCUAAAAACUUUUUGAAGAAAAGUAAAAGUCUCUAGUAACGUAGUUUUUAAAUGGAAUUUCUAUCGUGAUGAAUCGUGCAAAUGGCUUCGAUUUCUGAUUUUCAUUCAUAUCACAUAUUAACGCAUUAUGUUGAAAUAAAGAGAAGAAGAGAAAAAACAAUAACUGCUGCAUAUUUCGUUGCGUGACAUUUCGUUCAUCAAUUAAACGUCGAUUGAAUUUUAAUCAAGCAUGCAAUCGAUUUUGAAUAACGAAAGCAAAUAUGAACACUUUGUGUCAACGGAAAAUAGUGGCACACACAAUUGUUCAUUGUUGGCGAAUCAACAUCGUUUUUUAUUGUGAGCAGAGAGCUUUUGAAAAUUGCAAAAUAAUGAUAUAUUUGAAGUGUAUUUUCGGAAUUUUGUUCAUUCUUUCCGUGGUAUUGGGAAAUUGUUCAGCAACAUUGGACUUAUCGAAUUUAAAUGUGAAUGAUUUUCAAUUCUUCCGUUACCAACAAACACUUCCGAAUGGUGAACUUCGCCAAGUGAAGCCGCCACCGCCAUCCUUCGAGAGUCAUAUUCAACAUGCUAAAGCAGUGGGUAAGUUCGUGCAGAGGCUAUUGUUCGGAUACACCGGAGAUGAUGGUAAAACCAUUCCAAUGGUGUUUCCACCGACUGUUGAUCAUUUACGUGAGAGAUUUGAACGUCGAUAUGGGUAUCGUGGUCAAUACUUGGUCGAACAGUUAGGAAAUGGAUACUUUCGCCACAGUUCCGGUUACACACCAUGCCAUACUUGUAGAAUUUGAUUGGGAAAAAUGGCAAAAAAGUGCAGAAU